AUGGUGCAGAUGGGGAAGCCGCACCACCAUGUUUUGUGCUUGUCAUAUUUUACAGUAUGCGCUGGUACAGAGAACAAGCUAAGCACGCUGUCGGACCUGGAGCAACAGUAUCGCACCUUGAGGAAAUACUAUGAGAACUGUGAAGUCGUAAUGGGCAACCUUGAGAUCACAAGCAUCGACCGCAGUCGGGAUCUCACCUUCCUCAGAUCUAUCCGGGAAGUGACAGGCUAUGUGUUGGUGGCUCUAAACCAGUUUGACUUCCUGCCUUUGGAGAACUUGAGAAUCAUUCGAGGAACCAGACUGUACGAGGACCGGUACUCCCUUGCAGUCUUCCUCAAUUACAGACGAGAUGGAAGUUUUGGUUUGAGGCAGUUGGGUCUUAAAAACCUUACAGAAAUUCUUAAUGGAGGAGUUUAUGUUGACCAGAACAAGUUCCUCUGUCAUGCUGAUACCAUCCACUGGCAGGACAUUGUCAAGAAUCCACGGAUUCAUCCUGUAGUAGUGCCCACUAAUAGCAGUGUCAUGUGUCAAAAGUGCUAUCGUUCAUGUAACGGCCGUUGCUGGGGCCCCAAGGAGGAUCAGUGUCAAAGCUUAACUAAGACGGUGUGUGCUGAACAGUGUGACGGACGUUGCUUUGGUCCCUACGUAAGUGACUGCUGCCAUCGUGAAUGUGCAGGUGGCUGCUUUGGCCCCAAGGACACAGACUGCUUUGCCUGUACAAACUUCAAUGACAGUGGGGCUUGUGUUACUCAGUGCCCUCAGCCAUUUGUGUACAACCCUACCACCUUCCAACUGGAACACAACCCCAGGGCAAAAUAUACCUAUGGAGCAUUCUGUGUAAAGAAAUGUCCUCACAAUUUUGUGGUGGACCAUAGCUCCUGUGUGAGAGCAUGCCCAAGUAAUAAGAUGGAGAUAGAGGAAAAUCGCAUCAAAAUGUGCAUUCCUUGUACUGACAUAUGCCCAAAAGGUAAAUCAGAACAAAUGAAUACAAUACACAUUUCUAUAAUUCACAGGGAUGUCUACCACAAUAUUGAAGCCUUGGACCCAGAAAAACUCAACAUUUUUCACACUGUUCGAGAAAUCACAGGCUACCUCAACAUCCAGUCUUGGCCUGACAACAUGACAGACUUAAGUGUUUUCUCAAACUUGGCAAUUAUUGGAGGACGAGCGCUGUACAGUGGGAUCUCGCUGCUGGUGUUAAAGCAGCAGGGCAUCUCAUCACUGCAGCUUCAGUCCCUCAGAGAGAUUAGUGCUGGGAAUGUUCACGUUGUGGAAAACAGCCAGCUUUGCUUCUACAACACAGUCAACUGGACCAGGUUGUUUCACGCAGCAAACCAAAAGGUUGUAAUUCACAACAAUCGAAGCCCACAGGAAUGCUUCAGGGAGCGCAUGGUGUGCGACCCAUUGUGUUCAGAUGAUGGGUGCUGGGGUCCUGGUCCAGACCAGUGCCUGUUCUGUCGGUACUUUAUUCGUGGAAGAACCUGUGUGGAUUCGUGCAAUCUUUAUGAAGGUUGGGUGCCCUGCCCCUACACCACCUCAGCCCCCCUCCUCUGCUCUUUGCCGCCUGCAAUUGCUCUUGGCCACACCCACUUAUCCGCUCUGCAUGUUGAACAGCUGAUUAGCUGUUCAGCUCCUGCAGAAAGUUUAUCCUGCAGCAGUAAGGGCUGCAAAAAGCUGCAAGAGUUGGUGGAACCACUGACGCCCAGCGGCACAGCUCCUAACCAAGCCCAGCUGCGCAUCCUGAAGGAAACAGAACUUAAAAGAGUCAAGAUACUCGGUUCCGGGGCCUUUGGAACAGUUUACAAGGGUAUUUGGGUCCCAGAGGGUGAAACUGUGAAAAUACCUGUAGCCAUCAAAAUCCUUAAUGAGGCCACUGGACCUAAGGCGAAUGUGGAGUUCAUGGAUGAGGCUUUGAUUAUGGCUAGCAUGGAGCACCCUCACCUGGUCCGACUUCUGGGCGUCUGCCUCAGUCCCACAAUCCAGCUGGUGACACAACUCAUGCCACAUGGCUGCCUGCUUGACUACGUUCAUGAACACAAGGACAACAUCGGAUCACAGCUGUUGCUCAACUGGUGUGUCCAAAUUGCCAAGGGAAUGAUGUACCUGGAGGAGCGCAGGCUUGUCCACAGAGAUUUGGCAGCUCGAAACGUUUUAGUCAAAUCUCCAAAUCACAUCAAGAUCACUGACUUCGGCCUGGCUCGGCUCCUGGACGUCAACGAGAAAGAAUAUCAAGCCGACGGAGGAAAGAUGCCCAUCAAAUGGAUGGCCCUGGAGUGUAUCCAUUACAGGAAGUUUACUCAUCAGAGUGACGUUUGGAGUUACGGCGUAACAAUAUGGGAGCUGAUGACCUUUGGAGGAAAACCAUAUGAUGGAAUUCCGACCAGAGACAUUCCAGAUCUGCUAGAGAAAGGGGAGCGUCUUCCUCAGCCACCAAUUUGCUCCAUUGAUGUCUACAUGGUCAUGGUCAAAUGCUGGAUGAUUGAUGCAGACAGUCGACCCAGGUUCAAGGAGCUGGCUGCAGAGUUCACUCGGAUGGCUCGUGAUCCUCAGCGAUAUCUGGUCAUCCAGGGUGACGAUCGCAUGAAGCUUCCCAGCCCGAACGACAGCAAGUUCUUCCAGAGCCUCCUGGAUGAUGAGGAACUGGAGGAUCUGAUGGAUGCUGAGGAGUACCUGGUUCCUCAUUCCUUCAGUAUUCCACCACUGGCAUACGCUCCUCACACACGCAUUGACUCCAACAAGAGCCAAUUUGGCUGCCAAGAUGCCAGUUACAGCAUGGGGGACAUGCUGGCCACUCUCCCUAGAGUGGCUCCACCAGCAUGUGGAAGCAGCCUCCCUCCACAGGAACUUGCUGCAGGGGGGCAGAUCAAUGUUGGAUUUAGCCGUGGCAACCAGGAUGACCCUCGCUGCAAUGGAACCCUGCGGAAGCAGACCUCUCCAAGGUCAAACAUGCUUGGAGCUGCUUCAGCUCUCACUGCAGGACAAGGUGGCAUGGAAGAAACUAGUGGACAGCGUUACAGUGCAGACCCUACUGGUCUCUUAGCUGAACGGAGUGAAAAGGGAGACAGGAACAGCAUGACUGUCAAGAGGGACAAGAACACUUCAGAUUUUCUCAGCCCUAUUGAGGAAAAUCCCUUUGCAACACGUCGCAGGAAUGGUGAUGCCCAUGUAGUGAUAGAUGGAUCAAGUUGCCACACAUUGCACUUAGCUGGGGCUGCUGCAGCACCCAAAAGCCAGACGUCCCACGGUGACGAUGAGUAUAUCAAUGAGCCGCUGUACCUGAAUACAUUCCUUAACCCCGGAGACAAAAAUGGAUUAGCCGGUGCAAUUUCCAUCUCUGCUUCUGCGCCCUCAGCUGCACAAUCAGUCCUGCAAACAGUGAACCCAUCUACAAGCCACAUUGUUUCUUCUUCUGGAUACGUGGUAAAUCCAGGCCUACUGCCCCACCCAUCAUAUCCAUCACACACGUUGCAUCCGGGGCAUUCGGGACACACUCUGCAUUCAGGCAUCACAAGCAACACAAUGAUGUUUGAUAAGAAAGGCAAGAAAAUCACUUUUGACAAUCCUGAGUACUGGCAGCACAGUCUCCCACCGAAGUCUUCAUUGCACAACCCCGAGUACCUGCAGGACUGCAGCACGCGCUUCUUCUACCGGCAGAACGGACGCAUUCGCCCUGCUGUAGCUGAAAACCAGGAAUAUUUAUCCGAGGCUGCUAUGAAAGCUGGCAAUGUAUUGCCACCCCCUCCAUACAGGCAGAGGAACACUGUGGUGUAG